AUGACAGACCAUACAGGAUCCAGCUUUACAUCCCGUUCUCAUCAUGACACCUAUCCCGCAAUUGACCCUACCAAGCAAGAUCUCUCGUCAAAGUACAUAUUCAUCACGGGAGCAUCAAAAGGCAUCGGCCGAGAAACAGCGCUGUCAUACGUUCGCGCAGGAUGCGCCGGCAUCGCCGUCGGCGCAAGAACCAAUCUGACCGAACUCGCAACAUCCAUUAGCGAGGCGGCCUCCACAUCAGGAAAGCCCGCGCCCCAAAUCGUAGUCGUGCCGCUAGACGUGACAGAAGAGAAAUCCGUCGCAGCCGCCGCUGCAACAGUCAACGAAGCAUUCCCGCGUCUGGACAUCCUGAUCAAUAAUGCGGGCUAUUUAGAGCAGCGCGCCAAGAUCGCCGACAGCGAUCCGGAAGAGUGGUGGCGGACCUGGAAUGUGAAUGUCCGAGGGCCGUAUCUGGUCACGCGGGCGUUUCUACCGCAAAUGUUGACCAAGGGAGGAGAGAAGAUCGUCGUCAAUCUUAGUAGCAUCGCGGCGCAUCUCAUUUCCCCCGGCGGAUCGGCGUAUCAGACGAGUAAGCUUGCGCUCCAGCGAUGGACUGAGUUUCUGCAUACUGAUCAUGGGCCGGAUGGUAUUCUGACUUUUGCUGUGCAUCCUGGUGGGGUGUUGACUGAUAUGGGCAAGCGUUUACCUGUAGAGACGCAGGCUGUCUUGACGGAGACGCCGAGGCUUUGUGCGGAUACGCUUGUGUUUUUGACGGAACGGAGGCGGGAGUGGUUGGCGGCGCGGUAUAUAUCUGUGACUUGGGAUAUGGAGGAGUUUCUUGGAAGGGAGGAGGAAAUUGUACAGGGUGAUAAACUGAAAGUUCGGAUGGUGGUUUAA